AUGCAUUCCUCCUUGCGAUCAUGCGAGAAACGACUGCUGCCGGCACUGAGGGCGACCAGUGUCCCGGACACCCCGGAACGUCGUCCAUCAGUGUUUUUCCUCACCGACCGCGACAGUGGCCUACGAUUCCUCGUGCACACCGGCGCUGAGGCGACGGUGCAAGGCAACCCCUCGAAACACCCUCCGCUGAGUCCCACUUUGCUCGGGCCGACUGGCGCCGAACGCUUUGCUCGCAUUCUCCACGAGCUUCCCGAGUUGAGGCAGCCGCCAGCCGGCUCCGUAGUGAAGCACGAGGUGCGCCACUACAUCGGCACCAGCGGCCCACCCGCCCUCGUCGAGCGCCUGGGCAUCUCCACUCCAUAUGGUGCCAAAGUCAACACCGGGAGACUGGCGACCAUGCGGGGACUACAGGGUGCUGAACCUGGUUACUACACCAGACAGGUGCCCGGUACCGCACAUACACUACAUCACGGCGAGACUUCACAGUGCCGCUAUCUUUUCGAAGAUCGACCUGGUACCAAUCCCGUUGCCCCGAAGGAUGUCCCGAAUACUGCCAUCGCAACGCCCUUCGGACUUUUCGAAUUUCUUCGAAUGCCAUUCGGCCUCCGAAACGCGGGUCAGACAUUCCAGUGGUUCAUGGACGGUACUAUACGCGGCCUCAGAUUCUGCCAUGCCUAUCUUGGUGACUUGCUAGUCGCAAGCAGCACUCUGGAAGAGCACGAGAAUCAUCUGCGCAUCGUCUCCCAGCGCUUAGUGGAGCACGGGGUGGUCGUGAACAUGGCCAAAUGCGAGCUUGGCGUGCGCCAGCUAUCGUUCCUGGGACACGUCAUCUCUGCCUCAGGAGUUCUGCCUCAGCCCAACAAGGUUGAAGCCAUACAAGGAUUUCCGCAGCCUAUGGUUACUGUAUAUGCUACCUAA